UUGGUAUCAACUGGUGGAACACGUGAGGACAUGUUUAGGAAGGUACUGUUUGUGGAGGUCCUGGUGACAUGGCUGACUGUUUCUCUCGCUGUCCCCAUCUACCUCCCAUCGUACAGGAUCACCACGCCUCCACCUAAAGUGGUUCACCUUGGCUCAGAUCCCACAGUACACCUCCCUCCUGAAUCAGACUCAGUCCCAACACUCCCCUCUGUAUCAAACCUCAUCUCACCUUCUCCUUCUCAUACCCUAGAGACAGACCCUGCCCUAGCCUUGCCUCAGUCCGUACGUCCCGUCUUCGCUCUACCGCCAUACAUCACUCAAGCAUAUGGACCUCCAAAGACAUUCCCAACUGUAUCCUCGGCCCCUGGUUGGAUCUCGAGUCACCCAAACGGGCUUGGACAAGCCUCGGUCUACAACCUUCCAAACCGAAACUCGAUCUUCCUACCAGUUAAAAGUCCAGUUUCCGGUCAACCAACCAUCAGGGCAGUCUUCCUCCCCGAAGCAGCCUCAGCCUCCAGCCAAUCCUCUCGUAAUCCAUCCCUGUCUCUCAUCCCCGGACAAGUCUUCAGGCACCCAAAUCACGAUUCAAUUUUCCUCUCUGUUCCAGUUUCCAGCCAGCCGAAAAGGAAGACAAAUUUCCGUGUUGAAGGAAGUACCACCUUCCGUCAGUCAGAUCCAAAUUCGAUCUUUCUAUCUGAUAAAGGUAUAGAUUCUAGUCACCCAGACCCCGAGAUAAUCACCAUUCGGCCAGUUCGUAUUUCCACUGUGUCACCCCCUGUUUCUCAGGCCUACAGUCAUCAGGACCUUUCACUCUUCCUAUCAAAAGAUGCUCUAGCUUCCAGUCAAUUUCAUCACGAACCAGUCUCUCAUUCAGAUGUAGCCUCAAUUUCCAGUCAGCUAGGCCACGCUUCCAGUCUAUCAUCUUCUCCAGGCCAGUCUUACAGUCAACCUGGCCUUGAUUCAGUUUCUUUCUCUACUGUUGCUCCAGUUUCCAGUCAAUUUCACAACGAACCAGUCUUUCAUUCUGAUGUAGCCUCAGUUUCCAGUCAGCUAGGCCACGCUUCCAGUCUAUCAUCUUCUCCAGGCCAGUCUUACAGUCAACCUGGCCUAGAUUCAGUUUCUUUCUCUACUGUUGCUCCAGUUUCCAGUCACUUUCAUCACGAACCAGUCUUUCAUUCUGAUGUAGCCUCAGUUUCCAGUCAGAUUGGCCACGCUUCCAGUCUAUCAUCUUCUCCAGGCCAGUCUCACAGUCAACCUGGCCUAGAUUCAGUUUCUUUCUCUACUGUUGCUCCAGUUUCCAGUCACUUUCAUCACGAACCAGUCUUUCAUUCUGAUGUAGCCUCAGUUUCCAGUCAGAUUGGCCACGCUUCCAGUCUAUCAUCUUCUCCAGGCCAGUCUUACAGUCAACCUGGCCUAGAUUCAGUUUCUUUCUCUACUGUUGCUCCAGUUUCCAGUCAAUUUCAUCACGAACCAGUCUUUCAUUCUGAUGUAGCCUCAGUUUCCAGUCAGCUAGGCCACGCUUCCAGUCUAUCAUCUUCUCCAGGCCAGUCUUACAGUCAACCUGGCCUAGAUUCAGUUUCUUUCUCUACUGUUGCUCCAGUUUCCAGUCAAUUUCAUCACGAACCAGUCUUUCAUUCUGAUGUAGCCUCAGUUUCCAGUCAGCUAGGCCACGCUUCCAGUCUAUCAUCUUCUCCAGGCCAGUCUUACAGUCAACCUGGCCUAGACUCACUUUCCUUCUCUACUGUUGCUCCAGCUUCCAGUCUUUCCGACCACAGGAAAGUCUUUCAUUCUGACAAAAUUGUAGUCUCCAAUCAGAAAGGUUCCGAGCCAGUUCUAAUCACUCCCCCAGGCCGCGUGUACGACCAACCAGAUCCAAGUUCCAUCUUCCUCACUACAAUUGCUCCAAUUUCCAGUCGGCCAGAGUCCGAGGCGGUCUCCAUUCAACCAAUUCACUUCUCCACUACUCCGUCUCCCGUAACCCAGGCAUACAGUCAACCAACCCAUGACCAUGACUCGAUAUUUCUCUCUACUCCUGUACCCAGUCAGUCAAAUAUAAAGACAAACUUCCAUUCUGAUACAGUUUCAUUCUCCAGCCAGUCAGAUCCAAAUUCCAUCUUCCUCUCAACUGUUGCUCCAGUUUCCAGUCAUCCAGAGUCUAAGGCAGUCUCCACUCAACCAAUUCACUUCUCCACUACUCCGUCUCCCGUAACCCAGGCAUACAGUCAACCAACCCAUGACCAUGACUCGAUAUUUCUCUCUACUCCUGUACCCAGUCAGUCAAAUAUAAAGACAAACUUCCAUUCUGAUACAGUUUCAUUCUCCAGCCAGUCAGAUCCAAAUUCCAUCUUCCUCUCAACUGUUGCUCCAGUUUCCAGUCAUCCAGAGUCUAAGGCAGUCUCCACUCAACCAAUUCACUUCUCCACUACUCCGUCUCCCGUAACCCAGGCAUACAGUCAACCAACCCAUGACCAUGACUCGAUAUUUCUCUCUACUCCAGUACCCAGUCAGUCAAAUAUAAAGACAAACUUCCAUUCCGAAGCUGUUUCAAUCUCCAGUCAUACAGGUCCCUCCUCCAAUGUAGUCUCUAUCCCAGGCCGUAGCUACACUGAACCUGACAGAGAAACUUUCCUUUCUACCGUUGCUCCAGUUUCCAGUCACUUAGAGCACACGACAGUCUCCUCUCAGCCAGUCCAUGUUUCCAAUUUUCACUCCUCCGUAGGUCAGGCAGAUAAUCAACCACGCUCCGUGCCAUCGCUAUCCCUUCCCCCGGGACACGUCCAUAGUGAUCAUACAUCCCCAAACCCCAGUCUCAUCCUCUCCCCUGAGCCUGGAGCGAUAUACAGUCAACCAGCCAACACCGGCAGCCACUUAGCUCUUGCUGUCGGCCACCUAGGGUCUUCCGGCGGCCAUUUAGGUCCCUCCGGCGGCCACCUGAGCCCCUCCGGCGGCCACCUAGGUCUCUCUGGCGACCACCUGAGCCCCUCCGACGGCCACCUAGGUCCCUCCGACAGCCACCUAGGUCCCUCCGGCGGCCACCUGAGCUCCUCCGGCGGCCACCUAGGUCCCUCCGACAGCCACUUCGGUUCCUCCGGCGGCCACCUGAGCCCCUCCGGCGGCCACCUAGGUCCCUCCGACAGCCACCUAGGGUCCUCCGGCGGCCACCUGAGUUCCUCCGGCGGCCACCUAGGUCCCUCCGGCGGCCACCUGAGCUCCUCCGGCGGCCACCUAGGUCCCUCCGACAGCCACUUCGGUUCCUCCGGCGGCCACCUGAGCCCCUCCGGCGGCCACCUAGGUCUCUCCGACAGCCACCUAGGGUCCUCCGGCGGCCACCUGAGUUCCUCCGGCGGCCACCUAGGUCCCUCCGACGGCUACUUGAGCCCCUCCGAAGGCCACCUGGAUCCCUCCGUCGGCCAUUUAGCUCACUCCGACGGCCACCUGAGCCCCUCCGGCGGCCACCUAGGUCUCUCUGGCGACCACCUGAGCCCCUCCGGCGGCCACCUAGGUCCCUCCGACAGCCACUUCGGUUCCUCCGGCGGCCACCUGAGCCCCUCCGGCGGCCACCUAGGUCCCUCCGACAGCCACCUAGGGUCCUCCGGCGGCCACCUGAGCUCCUCCGGCGGCCACCUAGGUCCCUCCGACGGCUACUUGAGCCCCUCCGAAGGCCACCUAAAUCCCUCCGUCGGCCAUUUAGCUCACUCCGACGGCCACCUGAGCCCCUCCGGCGGCCACCUAGGUCCCUCCGGCGACCACCUGGGCCCCCCCGGAGGCGACUUAGGUCCCUCCAGCAGCCACCUAGGUCCCUCCGACAGCCACUUCGGUUCCUCCGGCGGCCACCUGAGCCCCUCCGACGGCCACCUAGGUCCCUCCGACAGCCACCUAGGUCCCUCCGGCGGCCACCUGAGCUCCUCCGGCGGCCACCUAGGUCCCUCCGACAGCCACUUCGGUUCCUCCGGCGGCCACCUGAGCCCCUCCGGCGGCCACCUAGGUCCCUCCGACAGCCACCUAGGGUCCUCCGGCGGCCACCUGAGUUCCUCCGGCGGCCACCUGAGUUCCUCCGGCGGCCACCUAGGUCCCUCCGACGGCUACUUGAGCCCCUCCGAAGGCCACCUGAAUCCCUCCGUCGGCCAUUUAGCUCACUCCGACGGCCACCUGAGCCCCUCCGGCGGUCACCAGGGCCUUACAAAUCCCGCCAGGAGCCAACCAAUCCUCGUCCACUCAGACCACGCCCACAACCGGCCGCACCCCGACCAUAAGGUUCCUGCUGUCUAUAACUUCAGCUACGCCAUAAAGGACACCUACAGUAGCAGUGACUUCGGCCACCAUGAGUCCCGUGACGGCUACAACACCCAGGGCUCCUACUACGUGCAGCUUCCCGACGGUCGCCUACAGACGGUGGACUAUUCUGUCAACGGGGAUUCUGGCUAUGUGGCCCAAGUGGGAUAUGAAGGCGUAGCUCAGUACCCAACAGCAGAGUCCACGUCUACGUACCAGCCACCCACGAGAUAUAAGGAAUCCUGAAUAUAGCAAAUAAAUAUAGAUUACAGUAUAUAAAAAAGUUCUAGUUAUAAUGAUGUGUAGGCAUGUUAAUACAAGAAAACCCUUAGGAA